UAUCCAUUCCUCCUUCACCUUCUUACCUCUUUCUAUUAUAUUCCUCUUUCUAUUCUUUGUGAAACUCUUGCUGUAAUUUUUUUUCCCCUUCUCCAUAUUUCUAUUUCUAUUUAUUAUUAUUACUUUAUCACUGUCCCUUAGAUCAAGGACAGUUUGGGGGUCUGUUGACUUGGCUUAAUUGAGGAUUGCACGCAAAAAAAAAAAAAAGUCUGAAUCGAUCCUUUUUCUACAUACCUCCGUUUUCUUCUUCUUCCGAGAAUAUAGAAUAGAUACGAUAACACGAAGAGAUGUACGGGACAUCAACCGGCCCUCAGACGGGCAUUAAUACCCCCCGCUCCUCACAGUCAUUGCGACCCUUGAUCCUGACUCAUGGAUCCCUCGAGUUUUCUUUCCUCGUGCCGACAUCCCUUCACUUCCAUGCUUCGCAAUUGAAAGAUAAUUUCACGGCCUCGUUACCGCAGCCCACAGAUGAGUUAGCUCAAGACGACGAGCCUUCAUCUGUACCAGAACUGGUGGCCCGGUACAUUCGUCAGGUUGCCCAUGAGGUUGAGGAAGGAGAGGAUGAUGCACAAGGAACCUAUCUGGAAGUUCUGAAGUUGGCUCUUAACGAGUUUGAGCGUGCCUUCAUGCGUGGUAAUGACGUCCAUGCCGUUGCAGCUGGUCUUCCAGGUAUCACAGCGAAGAAGGUUUCAGUCGUGGAAGCCUACUAUGCUGGUCGAGCGGCGGCCGGUCGUCCCAUUAAGCCAUACGACUCCGCCUUGCUGCGGGCUGCCUCGGAAGACAAGGCCAGUAUCUACUCGGUUUUUGGUGGCCAGGGAAACAUUGAAGAGUAUUUUGAUGAAUUAAGAGAGAUCUACACAACUUACCCAUCUUUCGUGGAGGAAUUGAUCAUUUCCUCCGCUGGGUUGUUGCAGUCUCUUUCACGUGAGCCUGAAGCCAGCAAGCUCUACCCCAAAGGACUCGACAUCGUUCAAUGGCUUCAGGAUCGGGACUCCCAGCCCGAUACCGACUACCUGGUAUCCGCUCCAGUUAGUUUGCCGUUGAUCGGUCUAGUUCAAUUGGCGCAUUUUGUGGUCACCUGCAAGGUCUUAGGCAAACAGCCUGGCGAAGUUUUGGAACGGUUUAGCGGAACUACCGGACACUCUCAGGGUGUGGUCACCGCAGCUGCCAUUGCAUCUGCCACGACAUGGGAAUCCUUCGGGAAAUCUUCCAAAGAUGCCUUGACAAUGCUUUUCUGGAUUGGAUUGCGCAGCCAACAGGCCUACCCUCGCACGUCAAUCGCACCAUCCGUGCUCCAGGACUCUAUCGAAAACGGGGAAGGAACACCUACCCCAAUGCUGUCGAUUCGAGACCUCCCAAGGGCCGCUGUCCAAGAGCAUAUCGACGCUACCAACCAGCACCUCCCAACUGACCGCCACAUUUCCAUUUCUCUGGUCAAUAGCGCCCGCAAUUUUGUUGUUACCGGACCGCCGCUCUCUCUGUAUGGUUUGAACCUGCGUUUGCGCAAAGUCAAGGCCCCUACGGGUUUAGAUCAAAACCGUGUGCCUUUUACGCAGCGCAAGGUCCGCUUCGUCAAUCGCUUUCUCCCUAUCACCGCUCCCUUCCACAGUCAAUACUUGUAUUCGGCGUAUGACCGUAUUGUGGAAGACCUUGAGGACAUCGAGAUCCCAGGAAAGUCCCUUGUCAUUCCAGUUUAUGGAACCAAGAACGGUGAAGAUCUGAGACAGAUUGGCGAUGGAAAUGUUGUCCCAGCUUUGGUUCGCAUGAUCACGCACGAUCCGGUCAAUUGGGAGCAAACCACCGUUUUCUCCGGAGCCACUCACAUUGUUGAUUUCGGGCCUGGAGGUAUAUCGGGCCUUGGAGUCCUCACCAAUCGCAACAAGGAUGGCACCGGCGUUCGUGUUAUUCUUGCUGGUGCUAUAGAUGGUACGAAUGCUGAGGUGGGGUACAAGCCCGAACUGUUUGACCGUGAUGAGCACUCUGUCAACUUCGCUAUUGAUUGGGUCAAGGAGUAUGGGCCUCGACUAGUGAAGACUUCGGCUGGUCAGACUUUUGUUGACACCAAGAUGAGCCGACUGCUGGGUAUCCCUCCCAUCAUGGUUGCUGGAAUGACACCCACCACUGUCCCGUGGGACUUUGUGUCGGCCACAAUGAAUGCAGGAUACCAUGUUGAACUCGCCGGUGGUGGCUACUAUAACGGCAAAACAAUGACCGAGGCAAUCUCCAAGAUUGAGAAGAACAUCCCUCCGGGGCGCGGUAUUACAGUUAACCUGAUCUACGUCAACCCUCGCGCCAUGGCAUGGCAAAUUCCUCUCAUUGGGAGGUUGAGAGCCGAUGGCGUUCCUGUCGAAGGUCUCACGAUUGGUGCUGGUGUGCCGUCUAUUGAAGUUGCCAACGAGUACAUUGAAACACUUGGUAUCAAACACAUUGCCUUCAAGCCUGGGUCUGUAGACGCCAUUCAACAGGUUAUCAACAUUGCGAAGGCCAAUCCCAAGUUUCCUAUCAUUUUGCAAUGGACCGGUGGUCGUGGUGGAGGUCAUCAUUCAUUCGAAGACUUCCACCAGCCAAUCCUGCAAAUGUACAGCCGCAUCAGGAGAUAUGAUAAUAUCGUUCUUGUCGCCGGUAGUGGUUUUGGUGGUUCUGAAGAUACUUACCCGUACCUUUCUGGGGCCUGGUCUUCUGGGUUCGGCUAUCCUCCAAUGCCUUUCGACGGAUGUCUGUUCGGUAGUCGCAUGAUGAUCGCCAAGGAAGCUCACACAUCCAAGAAUGCAAAACAGGCAAUCGCAGAUGCCCCUGGUUUGGACGAUCAAGACUGGGAAAAGACGUACAAGGGUUCUGCCGGUGGUGUUGUCACUGUCCUUUCCGAGAUGGGCGAGCCCAUUCACAAGUUGGCCACAAGGGGUGUUUUGUUCUGGCACGAGAUGGACCAGAAGAUUUUCAAGCUGGACAAGGCGAAGCGUGUGCCUGAGCUCAAGAAGCAGCGUAAUUACAUCAUCCAGAAGUUGAAUGACGACUUCCAGAAAGUCUGGUUCGGUCGCAACGCCGCUGGAGAAGCCGUUGAUCUUGAAGAUAUGACAUAUACUGAGGUGGUCCACCGUAUGGUGGAACUCAUGUAUGUCAACCAUGAAUCCCGAUGGAUUGAUGAUUCUCUGAAGAAACUGACCGGCGAUUUCAUUCGUCGUGUUGAAGAGCGUUUCACUACCGCUGGCGGUCAGCCUUCUCUGCUCCAGAACUAUUCUGAAUUAAAUACCCCAUACCCAGCUGUCGAUAACAUCUUGUCCGCAUACCCCGAAGCGGCGACUCAGCUGAUCAACGCUCAGGAUGUUCACCACUUCCUUCUCCUUUGCCAACGCCGUGGACAGAAGCCUGUGCCAUUUGUUCCCUCGUUGGAUGAAAACUUUGAAUACUGGUUUAAGAAGGAUUCUCUUUGGCAGAGUGAGGACUUGGAAGCUGUGGUGGGCCAAGACGUUGGCAGAACUUGUAUUCUUCAGGGUCCAAUGGCGGCCAAGUUCUCUAACAUCAUCGAUGAGCCAGUCCACGAUAUCCUGAAUGGCGUUCAUCAGGGACAUAUCAAGGGCUUGAUCAAGGAUGUCUACAACGGCGAUGAAGCGUCAAUUCCCGUCAUCGAAUACUUUGGCGGGCAACUUGGCGAGCCAGAUGAAAGCCUGGAGCUCGAUGGCCUCACCAUUUCCGAAGAUGAUAAUAAGAUUUCUUACCGGUUGUCAACUUCCCCUUCGGCCGACUUGCCUGACCUAGAGCACUGGUUGCGUCUCCUUGCCGGCAGAUCAUACUCUUGGAGGCAUGCUCUUUUCCUGGCCGAUGUUUUUGUUCAGGGUCAUCGUUUCCAGACAAAUCCAAUGAAACGCAUAGUUGCACCGACGGCGGGUAUGUACGUUGAAGUCGCAUAUCCUGAUGAGCCUUCGAAGACAGCGAUCAUUGUGAGGGAACCGUAUCAGUCCGGCAAGCUUGUCAAGACGGUUGAAGUGAAAAUGAAUGAGAUCAAUCAGAUUAGUUUGACCCUGUACGAGGGUAGGACAGCAGAGGGAGGCGUUGUUCCCUUAAGCUUUUUGUUCACUUAUCAUCCUGAGACCGGAUAUGCGCCUAUCAGAGAAGUCAUGGGUGAUCGAAAUGACCGCAUCAAGGAGUUCUACUACCGCAUCUGGUUCGGCGAUAAGAAUGUCCCAUUCGACACCCCAACUACGGCGACUUUCAGUGGUGGUCGCGAGACAAUCACAUCUCAGGCUGUCGCUGACUUCGUUCAUGCAGUUGGCAACACCGGCGAAGCUUUUGUUGAUCGGCCUGGAAAGGAGGUCUUUGCCCCCAUGGACUUUGCCAUUGUUGCUGGUUGGAAGGCUAUCACUAAGCCCAUAUUCCCUCGUACAAUCGAUGGAGAUUUGUUGAAACUCGUGCAUCUUUCAAACGGAUUCAAGAUGGUUCCUGGUGCCCAGCCUCUGAAGGUUGGUGAUGUUCUGGACACCACUGCUCAGAUCAACGCUGUCAUCAACCAGGACUCAGGUAAGAUGGUUGAAGUUUGCGGCACCAUCAAGAGAGAUGGCCAGCCCAUCAUGCAUGUUACCAGCCAGUUUUUGUACCGGGGGGCGUACGAGGACUUUGAAAAUACCUUCCAGCGCAAAGACGAGGUUCCCAUGCAGGUUCAUCUCGGUACGAGCAGGGACGUUGCCAUCCUCCGUUCUAAAGAGUGGUUCCGCAUGGAUGAAUCAGAUGUCGAACUACUGGGUCAAACCCUCACCUUCCGCCUUCAAAGUCUGAUCCGAUUCAAGAACAAAUCCGUCUUCAGCCAAGUCCAGACAAUCGGCCAGGUUCUUCUCGAGCUUCCCACAAAGGAAAUUAUUCAGGUAGCAUCAGUCGAGUACGAAGCUGGUGCCUCCCACGGAAAUCCUGUCAUUGAUUACCUCCAACGCAACGGAACCUCUAUCGAACAGCCAGUCUACUUCGAAAACCCCAUUCCACUCAGCGGCAAGACCCCUCUCGUUCUGCGUGCUCCAGCAUCCAAUGAGACCUAUGCUCGGGUUUCUGGUGACUACAACCCAAUUCAUGUUUCGCGUGUCUUCUCCAGCUACGCCAACCUUCCAGGUACUAUUACUCAUGGCAUGUACUCCAGUGCGGCUGUGCGCAGCUUCGUUGAGACCUGGGCUGCUGAGAACAACAUUGGUCGCGUUCGAGGCUUCCACGUCUCCUUGGUGGGCAUGGUUCUGCCCAACGACAUGAUCGUCGUCAAACUGCAGCAUGUUGGUAUGAUUGCCGGUCGCAAGAUUAUUAAGGUCGAAGCCAGCAAUCAGGAAACCGAAGACAAGGUUCUUCUAGGUGAAGCAGAGGUUGAGCAGCCUGUCACUUCCUAUGUGUUUACUGGACAAGGUUCCCAGGAGCAAGGAAUGGGUAUGGAGCUCUAUGGCAGCAGUCCUGUUGCUAGGGAAGUCUGGGAUCGGGCAGAUCGCCAUUUCAUUGAGAACUACGGUCUUUCUAUCAUUGAAAUCGUGAAGAACAACCCCAAGGAACUCACCGUGUACUUUGGCGGUCCCCGGGGUAAAGCUAUCCGUCAAAACUACAUGUCUAUGACCUUUGAGUCGGUGAAUGCGGAUGGCACUAUCAAGUCCGAGAAGAUCUUCAAGGAGAUUGAUGAAUCCACAGCCUCGUACACAUACCGAUCGCCCACUGGCCUUCUUUCUGCCACCCAGUUCACUCAACCCGCUCUAACAUUGAUGGAGAAGGCAAGCUUCGAAGAUAUGCGAUCUAAAGGUCUUGUCCAGAGGGACAGUAGCUUUGCAGGCCAUUCUCUUGGUGAAUAUUCUGCUCUUGCUGCUCUCGCUGAUGUCAUGCCCAUUGAAAGCUUGGUUUCUGUGGUUUUCUACCGUGGAUUGACUAUGCAAGUUGCCGUCGAGCGUGAUGACCAGGGUCGCUCGAACUACUCCAUGUGUGCUGUCAACCCAAGCCGUAUCUCGAAGACUUUCAACGAGCAGGCUUUGCAGUACGUGGUUGAGUGCAUCUCUGAGCAGACUGGCUGGCUUUUGGAAAUUGUCAACUAUAACGUUGCAAACAUGCAGUAUGUUGCUGCUGGUGAUCUUCGUGCGAUCGACUGCCUUACCAACCUGCUCAAUUACUUGAAGGCUCAGAACAUCGACAUCCCUGCUCUUAUGCAGAGCGUGUCGCUGGAGGAUGUCAAGGCUCAUCUGAUGAAGAUCAUCCAAGAAUGUGUCAAACAAACCGAGGCUAAACCUAAGCCCAUUGCUCUGGAGCGUGGAUUCGCUACCAUACCUCUCCGAGGAAUCGAUGUGCCGUUUCAUAGUACUUUCCUUCGUUCAGGCGUUAAGCCCUUCCGGUCGUUCCUACUAAAGAAAAUCAACAAGACCACCAUCGACCCCAGCAAGUUAAUCGGAAAGUACAUUCCGAACGUCACUGCUCGACCUUUUGAGAUCACGAAGGAAUAUUUCGAAGACGUCUACAGACUCACUAACUCUCCGAGAAUCGCCCAUAUCCUCGCCAACUGGGAGAAGUACGAAGAAGGAAAUGAGACCAUUUCUCGUACGACUGGUACAUCGACCGCUUAGGACAUUUAAUAACGUCCGCUCUUUGGCUCUUGUUUUCGAAAUUCUUUCUCUUUUAGCGCUGAUGGUGUUUUUUCCUUGCUAUGGUUCUUGAUAUUGCCCUCGCCGGUUAGAUGAAUAUUCAUGUUUCUCAACAGCUAUGUCUUAAAACGGAUAUUAUUGUAAUGCCAAAGUCUACUCGAACAUGCUUACCUGCCAUCAGGUAGACCAAGCUGAUUUAUGGUAGCUAUAUUCAGUUGGUUCACAUCAAUUACAGAUAAGUCAAUUAAUUUAUCAUCCAACCUUUUUUUUACAAUAAAAGAAGAGGGGAGGGGGAACAAAACCAAGGCUAUAUAGCAAUUAUCGAGUAGUUAAAAAACUUGACGUGUUUUGCUU